AGAUAUUUAAAGAUCAGAAUCGACUGAUUUUAAUCAUUUCCAUUAGAAAGAAUAGACUCAACAAGUCUCUUAUAAGGAUUGCAUCCACAAAAGGCAAAUACAAUUGUAUUACUUUUGCUUUUCUGGAGACUUGUUUACAUCAAUAUUUCUAUUUGAAGUGAAAGGUGAUAAAAUGAUUAAAUCAAAUAAAAAGAUCAUGGCCAUUCAAUGAAUUUGCAUUCAUAGGAUAAUGACCGUGAAAUCAAUUCAUUAAUGUUCGAUCAACCUUCACGUCGACAACUUACAAUUUAGGUUAAUAUAUGGACAACUGGAUGAAUUCAGAGAUGAAAAAUGAAUGAAAACUAUCCUGGAUGAUAAUAAAACAUAGACUGUGCAUUAAAUAAUUUGGCAAUGCCUGGUCCAAAUGGGAAUAAGAAUCAAGCCAGAAAAAUCAGUGCAAAAAAAGCAGAUGAACCAUCGAUUGUUCCAUGAUCACUGUUAACCUAAAUGCUGUGACUUAUACAGAAAGUGAUACAAUUGAUGUUCAUCAACUAUUGACACAAACAAACCUGACCAUGCAACAAUUUACCUUGAUAUCGUCAUUUCUCUUCAUUCUUUGCAUUAACCAUCAAUGUUUUUGCCUGAAAUUAAACUUUUCUCCUUGUGGAGGUAAAGUACUGGAACUACGUUUAUUUGGCUGUCGAAACGAUUCCGAACCAUGUUUGAUGGAAAGAGGAAUCAAAGGACGAUUGGAGGUUGAUUUCGAGGCUCCAUUUGAUUCGGAUUAUGUUUAUGCAGAUGUUAGCCAGAGAACCAAUUCAUUUUUACCAGUUAGCAUACCUUUACCAAUUGUUGAUCGAGAUGCUUGCACCAACCAUGGUUUAACCUGUCCCAUUGUGAAAGGUAAAAAGUACAAUUACUUUUACGAGUUUUACGUUGAUCCCCGGCUUCCCAACAUCAAAGGAGACUAUUAUCUAACUUUAUCUUCCUACUGGGGUUAUACAAUUGGAUGUGUUAAUAUCCCAAUGCAAAUGGCAGACAACCAGUUAAUAGUGAAACAUGACGAUUCCCUAGAAAGUGAAGGACCAGAUCAAGAUCAACAGUUUGACAACAACAUUGACUCAAGUGAACAGCAGCAUAAAGAUUUUAGUUCAACCUGGUUCCAUCUAUUUUAACAAAGGAAUCAAAUUAUUUCUACUUUUUAAACUGUUUCUUAAUUGUAAUGUAACAACAUAUUGUAAAAACUGCUAGAUCACCAAAUUAAACUACCCUGACACUUAAUAACCUA